GGAAAAAGGUGGAGAAUAGAAAGGAAGGUGAAGGAGGCGGUCGGUUGGCAGCAGAAGCAGCAUCAGGGCCUCGAAGGCGAGAAGGAGCCCCAGAAUGUGAGGGAGAAUUCAGUGUCAUUCCCUUCCAUCCCAAGGAACCCGAAGCCCCUGAUGCGCCGCACGCUGUGACCCGCCGCUGCUGCUGCCGCCACUGCCAUGUCGGGGACUGUCAUCAUCCUCCAGCAGUUCGCUGGUGGCCUCAAGAGCCGCAAUGAAGAAACCCGGGCCAAAGCUGCCAAAGACUUGCAGCAUUACGUCACCAUGGAGCUGCGUGAGAUGAGCCAAGAGGAAUCCACCCGUUUUUACGACCAGCUGAACCACCACAUCUUUGAAUUGGUCUCCAGUUCGGACGCAAACGAGAGGAAAGGGGGCAUCUUGGCUAUAGCAAGCCUGAUUGGUGUGGAAGGAGGCAAUGCCACCCGCAUCGGCCGCUUUGCCAACUACUUGAGGAAUCUGCUUCCCUCCAAUGACCCUGUGGUCAUGGAGAUGGCUUCCAAAGCCAUUGGGCGCCUCGCCAUGGCUGGCGACACCUUCACGGCGGAAUAUGUGGAGUUUGAAGUCAAGCGGGCGCUGGAGUGGCUUGGGGCUGAUAGGAAUGAAGGCCGGAGGCAUGCGGCGGUCUUGGUUCUGCGAGAGCUGGCCAUCAGCGUCCCCACAUUCUUCUUCCAGCAAGUGCAGCCAUUUUUUGACAACAUCUUCGUUGCUGUCUGGGAUCCAAAGCAAGCCAUCCGCGAGGGAGCUGUUUCCGCUUUGCGCGCCUGCCUCAUUUUGACCACACAGCGGGAGUCCAAAGAGAUGCAGAAGCCUCAGUGGUACCGACAAACCUACGAGGAAGCCGAGAAGGGCUUUGAUGAAACCGUGGCCAAGGAGAAGGGCAUGAACCGCGACGACCGGAUCCAUGGUGCCUUACUGAUCCUCAAUGAGCUGGUGCGCAUCAGCAGCAUGGAAGGAGAGCGUCUUAGAGAAGAGAUGGAGGAGAUCACACAGCAGCAGAUGGUGCAUGACAAAUACUGCAAAGACCUGCUGGGCUUUGGGACCAAGCCUCGGCACAUCACCCCCUUCUCCAGCUUUCAGUCUGUCCAGCCCCAGCAGUCCAAUGCCUUGGUAGGACUGCUGGGGUUCAGCCCCCAUCCGGGGAUGAUGGGUUUCGGUGCGUCACCCAUCCCAGCCAAGUCGACACUGGUAGAGAGUCGGUGUUGCAGGGAACUGAUGGAAGAGAAGUUUGAUCAGGUGUGUUACUGGGUCCUGAAGUGCCGAAGCAGCAAGAACUCUCUGAUUCAAAUGACUGUUCUCAGUCUGUUGCCGCGGCUGGCUGCUUUUCGCCCUUCGGCUUUUACCGCUGACCACUACCUUCCAGAUACCAUGAACCACGUCCUGAGCUGCGUGAAGAAGGAGAAAGAGCGGACGGCUGCUUUCCAGGCCCUUGGCUUGCUCUCAGUCGCCGUCCGGUCAGAAUUCCAGGUUUACCUCCCCAAGGUUCUCGAAAUCAUCAAGGCAGCCCUCCCGCAAAAGGACUUCACCCACAACAGGAGACAGAAGUCGGUGCAAGUGGAUGCCACAGUCUUUACCUGCAUCAGCAUGCUGGCGCGCGCAAUGGGGCCUUCUAUCCAGCAAGACAUCAAGGAGCUCCUGGAACCCAUGCUGGCUGUGGGACUGAGCCCUGCCCUGACGGCCGUACUGUACGACUUGAGUCGCCAGAUCCCCCAGCUGAAGAAGGAAAUCCAGGAUGGGCUGCUGAAGAUGCUCUCCAUGGUUCUCAUGCACAGGCCUCUGCGACACCCAGGCAUGCCCAAAGGCUUGGCCCACCAGCUCUCUUCUCCCAGCCUCACUAACAUCCCCGAGGUCAACGACGUGGGCAGCAUCACGCUUGCGCUUCGCACACUGGGAAGCUUUGAGUUUGAAGGACAUUCUCUGACUCAGUUUGUCAGGCACUGCGCUGAUCACUUCCUCAACAGCGAACACAAGGAGGUCCGGAUGGAAGCAGCUCGCACUUGCUCACGUUUGCUCACUCCCUCCAUUCACUUGAUCAGCGGACAUGCCCACGUUGUCAGCCAGACGGCGGUGCAGGUGGUGGCAGAUGUCCUCAGCAAGUUGUUGGUGGUUGGAAUCACAGACCCAGAUCCUGACAUCCGAUACUGCGUACUGGCUUCCUUGGAUGAACGGUUUGACGCACACCUGGCCCAGGCGGAGAACUUGCAGGCACUCUUUGUAGCUCUGAACGACCAGGUGUUUGAAAUCCGAGAGCUGGCCAUCUGCACUGUGGGCCGGUUGAGCAGCAUGAAUCCCGCUUUUGUCAUGCCCUUCCUGCGCAAGAUGCUAAUUCAGAUCCUGACGGAGCUGGAGCACAGUGGGGUCGGCAGGAUCAAAGAGCAAAGUGCCAGGAUGCUGGGGCACUUGGUCUCCAAUGCCCCACGCCUUAUUCGGCCCUACAUGGAACCCAUCCUCAAGGCGUUGAUAGUGAAAUUGAAGGAUCCUGACCCUGAUCCUAACCCAGGAGUGAUCAAUAAUGUUUUAGCUACCAUUGGUGAGCUGGCCCAGGUGAGUGGGCUGGAGAUGAGGAAAUGGGUGGAUGAGCUUUUCAUCAUCAUCAUGGAUAUGCUCCAGGACUCCUCCUUACUUGCUAAGAGACAGGUAGCGCUCUGGACCCUUGGCCAGCUAGUGGCCAGCACUGGCUACGUAGUGGAGCCCUAUAGGAAAUACCCAACUCUUUUGGAGGUGUUGCUAAACUUUCUGAAGACGGAGCAGAACCAGGGCACCCGGAGAGAGGCGAUCCGUGUCCUUGGUCUUCUGGGGGCGCUAGAUCCGUACAAGCAUAAGGUGAACAUUGGCAUGAUAGACCAGUCACGGGAUGCUUCUGCGGUCAGUCUUUCCGAGUCUAAAUCAAGCCAAGACUCUUCUGAUUAUAGCACCAGCGAGAUGCUGGUCAACAUGGGCAACCUUCCGCUGGACGAGUUCUACCCCGCUGUCUCCAUGGUAGCCCUGAUGAGGAUCUUCCGGGACCAGUCCCUGUCCCACCACCACACCAUGGUGGUCCAGGCCAUCACCUUUAUCUUUAAAUCCCUGGGGCUCAAAUGCGUCCAGUUCCUGCCUCAGGUCAUGCCGACCUUCCUCAACGUCAUUCGGGUUUGUGACGGUGCCAUCCGCGAGGUAAAAGAAGAUGGCGACAGUGUACUGGGGAGAAGAGCCGAGUUCUUGUUCCAGCAACUGGGGAUGUUGGUGUCUUUCGUAAGAAGCCAUAUUCGACCCUACAUGGAUGAGAUUGUCACCCUCAUGAGAGACUUCUGGGUUGUCAACAGUUCAAUACAGAGCACCAUCAUCCUCCUCAUUGAGCAAAUUGUGGUGGCCUUAGGGGGGGAGUUCAAGCUCUACCUUCCCCAGCUCAUCCCCCACAUGCUGCGGGUCUUCAUGCACGACAACAGCAGCGGCCGAGCCGUCUCCACCAAGUUGUUGAAUGCCAUCCAGCUGUUUGGAGCAAACUUGGAUGACUACCUGCAUUUAUUGCUACCUCCCAUUGUCAAGCUCUUUGAUGCGCCAGAUGCCCCUUUGCAGGCUCGCAGAGCUGCCUUAGAAACUGUGGAUCGCUUGACGGAGUCCCUGGAUUUCACUGACUAUGCCUCCCGGAUCAUUCAUCCUCUUGUGCGGACUCUAGACCAGAGCCCAGAGCUCCGGCCGACGGCCAUGGACACGCUCUCAUCCCUGGUCUUCCAGCUGGGGAAGAAGUAUCAGAUUUUCAUCCCAAUGGUGAACAAAGUCUUGGUGCGUCACCGGAUAAACCACCAGCGCUACGAUGUCCUUAUCUGCCGGAUUGUGAAGGGCUACACUCUGGCAGAUGAAGAAGAGGAUCCCUUAAUCUACCAGCACCGCAUGCAGAGGAGCAACCAAGGGGAGGCCCUCGCCAGUGGCCCUGUGGAAACCGGUCCCAUGAAGAAGCUGCACGUCAGCACCAUCAACUUGCAGAAGGCUUGGGGCGCGGCCCGAAGAGUUUCCAAAGACGACUGGCUGGAGUGGUUGAGGCGGCUGAGCUUGGAGCUGCUGAAAGACUCCUCGUCGCCCUCCUUGCGCUCAUGCUGGGCCUUGGCCCAGGCCUACAACCCGAUGGCCAGAGAUCUCUUCAAUGCAGCCUUUGUUUCGUGCUGGUCUGAACUCAAUGAGGACCAGCAAGAUGAGCUGAUUCGAAGUAUUGAGUUGGCCCUGACGUCGCAGGACAUUGCGGAGGUCACCCAGACCCUUUUGAAUCUGGCAGAGUUUAUGGAACAUAGUGACAAGGGACCGUUGCCGUUGGGUGAUGAUAAUGGCAUCGUCUUGCUGGGUGAGCGAGCCGCCAAAUGCCGGGCGUACGCCAAGGCACUGCACUACAAAGAGUUGGAAUUCCAGAAGGGCCCAACCCCAGCCAUCCUGGAAUCUCUCAUCAGCAUUAACAAUAAACUGCAGCAGCCAGAGGCUGCAUCCGGGGUGCUAGAAUAUGCCAUGAAACACUUUGGGGAACUGGAAAUCCAGGCAACCUGGUAUGAGAAGCUUCACGAGUGGGAAGAUGCCCUCGUUGCCUAUGACAAAAAGAUGGACACUAAUAAGGAUGAUCCGGAACUGAUGCUGGGACGUAUGCGCUGCCUGGAGGCACUAGGGGAAUGGGGACAACUCCACCAGCAGUGCUGUGAGAAAUGGACCUUGGUGAACGACGAAACCCAAGCGAAAAUGGCAAGGAUGGCAGCAGCUGCUGCUUGGGGCUUAGGCCAGUGGGACAGUAUGGAGGAAUACACAUGCAUGAUUCCAAGGGACACCCAUGAUGGCGCUUUCUAUCGGGCUGUCCUGGCUCUGCAUCAGGAUCUCUUCUCUUUGGCCCAACAGUGCAUUGAUAAAGCCCGAGACCUGUUAGAUGCUGAGCUGACAGCCAUGGCGGGAGAGAGUUACAGUCGUGCCUAUGGGGCCAUGGUCUCCUGCCAGAUGCUGUCGGAGCUGGAAGAAGUCAUCCAGUACAAACUUGUGCCAGAACGACGCGAAAUCAUCCGCCAGAUCUGGUGGGAAAGGCUGCAGGGUUGCCAGCGGAUCGUCGAGGACUGGCAGCGGAUACUUAUGGUCCGAUCCCUUGUCGUCAACCCACACGAGGACAUGAGAACGUGGCUCAAGUACGCCAGCCUCUGCGGCAAAAGCGGAAGGCUAGCUUUGGCCCAUAAGACCCUGGUGUUGCUCCUGGGAGUUGACCCGUCUCGGCAGCUGGAUCACCCCUUGCCAACGGUGCAUCCUCAGGUGACCUACGCAUACAUGAAGCAUAUGUGGAAAAGCGCCCGCAAGAUCGACGCAUUUCAGCACAUGCAGCACUUUGUCCAGACAAUGCAGCAGCAGGCCCAGCAUGCAAUUGCCACUGAAGACCAGCAGCACCGGCAGGAGCUCCACAAGCUCAUGGCGCGGUGUUUCCUGAAAUUGGGCGAGUGGCAGCUCAACCUGCAAGGCAUCAAUGAGAGCACCAUCCCCAAGGUCUUGCAGUACUACAGUGCCUCCACGGAGCAUGACCGCAAUUGGUAUAAGGCUUGGCACGCUUGGGCAGUGAUGAAUUUCGAGGCAGUGCUUCACUACAAGCACCAGAACCAGGCCAGGGAUGAAAAGAAGAAGCUGCGCCACACCAGCGGCGCUAGCGUCGCCAGUGCCAACACAGAAGGCAGCAACAGCGAGAGCGAGGCGGAAAGCGCCGAGAACAGCCCGGUCCCAUCACCUGUGCAAAAGAAAGUUACAGAGGACUUGUCCAAAACACUCCUGAUGUACACGGUUCCGGCCGUGCAGGGUUUCUUCCGUUCAAUCUCUUUGUCCCGAGGGAACAACUUGCAAGAUACUCUCAGAGUCCUUACUUUGUGGUUUGACUAUGGCCACUGGCCAGAAGUAAAUGAGGCCUUGGUGGAAGGGGUCAAGGCAAUCCAGAUAGACACCUGGUUACAGGUUAUCCCUCAGCUCAUUGCUAGAAUCGAUACCCCACGUCCUUUAGUGGGCCGGCUUAUUUACCAGCUUCUCACCGACAUCGGCAGGUACCACCCGCAGGCUUUGAUCUACCCAUUGACCGUAGCGUCAAAGUCAACCACAACAGCCCGCCACAAUGCCGCCAACAAGAUCUUGAAGAACAUGUGUGAACAUAGCAACACUCUCGUCCAGCAGGCCAUGAUGGUGAGUGAAGAACUGAUCCGUGUGGCCAUCCUUUGGCACGAGAUGUGGCACGAAGGCCUGGAAGAAGCAUCCCGCCUCUAUUUUGGGGAGAGGAACGUCAAGGGAAUGUUUGAAGUUCUGGAGCCACUGCAUGCUAUGAUGGAGCGUGGGCCACAGACUCUCAAGGAAACCUCUUUCAAUCAGGCGUAUGGCAGAGAUUUAAUGGAAGCCCAGGAAUGGUGCAGAAAAUACAUGAAGUCAGGAAAUGUCAAGGACCUCACCCAAGCCUGGGAUCUCUACUACCAUGUGUUCAGGCGCAUCUCUAAGCAGCUGCCUCAGCUGACAUCCUUGGAGCUCCAAUAUGUUUCGCCCAAACUCCUCAUGUGCCGCGAUUUGGAGCUGGCGGUCCCAGGGACCUACGACCCCAACCAACAGAUAAUCCGCAUCCAAUCCAUUGCUCCAUCGCUACAAGUGAUCACAUCCAAACAGAGACCAAGGAAAUUGACUCUAAUGGGGAGCAAUGGACACGAAUUCGUGUUCCUCCUGAAGGGCCAUGAAGAUCUUCGUCAGGACGAAAGAGUGAUGCAGCUUUUUGGGCUCGUGAACACCCUGCUUGCCAAUGACCCCACGUCCCUCCGUAAAAACCUCAGUAUCCAACGCUACGCGGUGAUCCCGCUUUCGACAAACUCGGGGCUUAUAGGCUGGGUGCCUCAUUGCGACACUCUGCAUGCGCUGAUCCGGGACUAUCGGGAGAAGAAGAAGAUCCUGCUCAACAUUGAGCACCGCAUCAUGUUGAGGAUGGCUCCGGAUUAUGACCACCUCACUCUGAUGCAGAAGGUGGAGGUGUUUGAACAUGCCGUCAACAACACAGCCGGGGAUGACCUUGCCAAACUUCUCUGGCUGAAGAGCCCCAGCUCCGAGGUGUGGUUUGACAGGAGAACGAACUACACCCGUUCGCUAGCUGUGAUGUCUAUGGUGGGUUACAUUCUGGGCCUCGGUGACAGGCAUCCCUCCAACCUUAUGCUUGACCGACUGAGCGGCAAGAUCCUCCACAUUGACUUCGGAGACUGCUUUGAGGUCGCAAUGACCAGAGAGAAGUUCCCAGAGAAGAUCCCUUUCAGGCUGACCCGAAUGUUGACAAAUGCCAUGGAGGUGACUGGCUUGGAUGGGAACUACCGAAUCACUUGCCACACCGUCAUGGAAGUCUUGCGCGAGCACAAAGAUAGCGUCAUGGCGGUGCUGGAAGCCUUUGUCUAUGACCCUUUGCUAAACUGGAGGCUGAUGGACACGAACACAAAAGGCAAUAAGCGAUCACGGACGCGGACAGACUCCUAUUCCGCCGGACAGUCGGUGGAAAUGUUGGACAGUGUAGAGCUGGGUGAAACCGCUCACAAGAAAACAGGGACCACCGUGCCGGAAUCGAUCCAUUCCUUCAUUGGGGAUGGCCUGGUUAAACCAGAGGCUCUGAACAAAAAGGCCAUACAGAUUAUCAACAGAGUCCGUGAUAAACUCACUGGACGGGACUUCUCCCACGACGAAACACUGGAUGUGCCCACGCAAGUAGAACUGCUCAUAAAGCAGGCGACCUCCCAUGAGAACCUUUGCCAGUGCUACAUUGGAUGGUGCCCUUUUUGGUGAUAGACUCGCGACGAAGCAUCGGCAGCCUCUUUCCCGAGGCCUUUGCGCUCCAACAUGUUCUUCCGGAAGUGAGCAAAAGGAGGGAGGACAAGGCCAUGCAGUGAGGUGUUCAGACCACCUUUUGUCAAAUAUUUCACACUUGUAAAUGAGAAAACUUCACUGUAUAUUAAAAGAGGUUGUUUCAAGCUGGGCUACAGCUACUGUUGCGCGGAGGCGGUCGAGCCAAGAGGAGACCAAUGGUGUUUCCAGGAUGUAGACAAGCAGACUGACCAAGCUCUGGUCAAAAGCAUGCGUCGGUGACGUGGUCAAGCUGUAGUGAAUUUAUUUCCCUGACCCAAGUGGCCUUUGGUUGACGUGCGCGUUUCGAAAUGUGGUCGAGACCGCAUUGCGACUUAACGCUUGUAGCUAGUGACACAGUCGCAGCAUGCUUCUGGCUCAGGUUGCAUGGAAGGGGCCGAAGAAACUACGUAAGACACUAUGGGAGCAGAGUAUCAUAGUAGGAAUGGGAUGCUGAAAAAGAUAACACUUGUCUCUCUGGGGAGUUUUUAAGGUGGAAACAGGGAGGAAGCGUUCGCCUUGUGCAUCAAGCCAGCCAUGGGUUUAGAAGAGGGAAAAUGGGUGCCUAAAACAUUAAGGUGAAUGUCACUUUAUGAAGAUGCACCAAGCGUAUCCAUCUUUAGACGCCAUCUUGUAGUCUAAUAUUUUCGUGCCAAUAAAAUACAGCCAAAUGUUUAA